AUUCAUGGCGAUCUCUCCAUUUUCUCCGGCUUCUUACAAACUAGUUUGCCAGUUUUUGUCAAAGGGUUGCUGCAAGUAUGCCAGUAACUGUUGGUUUCUGCAUCCCGAUAAUCAAUCUCUAGUCGCCGUUAAGAAACUGGCUCAUUCAACUUGAGUACUGCCCACUCUUGCUGUUGAUUUUCUGCAGGUGAUGAUUGGUUUUCUGGGGAGUCCAAGCUUGCGCUGCUUUCUUGAAGGUUGCAAGAAAUUGCUUGCAUAACAGAGCAUCAGAAGUUCCAUGAUUUUGUGGUGCACCUUUUCUUCCGUUUGUUUGUGUAUUUGUCCGCAUGUCUCUUUCCUGGAUUUUGUACUUAGUGAAAGUAGAGGAUGGCUACAGAUAUGAAUCAGUAGUUGGCUCUGUUGGUCUUGAAGGUUGUGUCAGAAUAUUUGCUGUGUUCGUCAAGGAUGCUAUGGCCUUUUCGAUUGCCUUCAAGCUUUGCCUUGUUUUCUCCAUAUCCUGUGCAAGCCUUGACACUUGUGAUGCUAUUGAUAGAGCUUCUGGUUUAGAUCUGAUAGCAUUAUUGUUGGAAUUUGCUCUUGAUGAAGAAGAGGUGCUUAUUCCUCUUUUAUUUCUAGGAUUUUGAAUGUUGUUAGGAGGUGUUGAUGAGUUUCCCAAAUUUACCAUGUGGUAUUCAUCAAGGAACAAGAACUCGGCCCCACGGUGGGCCAAAUGUUAACACUAAAAAAUAGAAUAGAUGGUGUGGAACCGAGAUCUUUAUUGUUAGAGAGAGUAUACAAUGAAGAGAGAAUAGAGAUGAAAAAUAAUCUACGUUCUUAGGUUGAUCCUUGAGGUAUUUAUAAGAUGCUUAAAUACAGUUAUUCUAGAAAU